AUGUCUAAGGAUGUGCUGCAACACCUCGUCGGAAAGAACUCGGCGAAGGAGGCAUGGGAGACCAUCAAGAUCCUGCACAAGCGUCAUGACCGUGUCAAGAAAGCACACCUUCAGUCCCUGAUGAGAAGCUACGAGUGCCUGAAGAUGGAUGAAAGUGAGACGGUUGAUCAGUUUGCCACCCGUCUCAAGACCCUCGUCAAUGGCAUACGCAGCUAUGGUUCAACCCUAGAAGAAGUUGCGAUCGUCCGACGAUUCUUGCGCGCCGCGCCGUCACGCUACAUUCAGAUUGUCACGUCGAUCGAGCAAUGUCUCGACCUGAAGACUCUCAUGGUCAAGGAUCUCGUCGCAAGGUUCAAGGACCACGGCGAGCGAAUUCGUCUCAGUUUUGGCGACUCGAAGGGGAGUGAGCACCUGAUGCUGACAAAGGCGCAAUGGAUCGCCCUGUCGAAAGAAAAGCAAGGCGGACACACGAGCAGCGGCAAGAAAAAAGGGAAGGGGAAGCAGCGCUCGGCGAGAAAGAACUUUGAUGACUCGGACGAAGAGGAUGCGCCUGCACCACCGAGGAGGAAGUUUGACAUAAAAAAAGUAAGGUGUUGUAAGUGUGGCCUCCUCGGUCACUUCAAGGCUAACUGCGAUUAA